CGGAAGUCGGAAGUGUGCGCUGAGCGAGCCCGGGCGCUGCGGGCUGAGGCCGCGGCGUGGUUCUGGCCGGGCCGAUGGCGGAGAAGUUCGACCACCUGGAGGAGCACCUGGAGAAGUUCGUGGAGAACAUUCGCCAGCUCGGCAUCAUCGUCAGCGACUUCCAGCCCAGCAGCCAGGCGGGGCUCAGCCAGAAGCUGAACUUCAUCGUUACGGGAUUGCAGGAUAUCGACAAGUGCCGGCAGCAGCUUCAUGACAUCACCGUGCCUCUGGAAGUUUUUGAAUACAUAGAUCAAGGUCGGAACCCCCAGCUCUACACCAAAGAGUGCCUGGAGCGGGCUCUAGCCAAAAACGAGCAGGUGAAGGGCAAGAUUGACACAAUGAAGAAAUUUAAAAGCCUCUUGAUUCAAGAACUUUCUAAAGUGUUUCCAGAAGACAUGGCUAAGUACCGGAGCAUCCGGGGUGAGGAUCACCCACCUUCCUAAGCGAGCAAAGACCCUUUUCUGUUGUGAACUGUCGUGACUGACCCAGCAGGAAGCUGUGCGGGACUGUGCCGACGCUGCCUUCCAGCAAGUAUAGACUGGCCCUGUCCUCUGCCUCUGGUCCCGGUGUUGACCUCCCGUGGGACUCCGGGUUGGAGAGCCGAGCCUUGCCCCUUGUGCCUCUGCAGCCAUCGCUCAGCGGUUCCACAUCCUCAGUGUGGUUGCUUUCCUCCUCUGUGGGGGACAGUCCUGGAAGUACUGGAUGUGGUUGAUGACUCUGUUUAGCAAUUUUCUUUUUUGUGCACUCUUCCUGUUACUAGAAAAUUAAAAAUCAUUUUUAUAUUUCACGUUUCCAAAUGUAGUGUGUAAAAAUAUGGAGCAUUAGACAUAAUAAAGUCUUUGGGUAUUUA